AUGGCGAAUCGAAUGCUAGAAGGUGACUUCAAGUCGUCUCAUCCGGACCUGACCAUAUGGAUGGAUACGGAUGACAACGGCAAGAACUCCAAGUUUUCCGAGGAAAAGUCAAACAAGGAAAGCUAUGAAGGCAUUGGGGGUGGCAAUGGGAUCAUCCGCAAGGAUAGCAACGGUAUCCUCCGAAAACGCAGUAGUGGAGAUAUGCGGACUGUGAGCAUACAGGUGCCUCACAAGCGACGUAGGAUGGAUCCCUCUCUGUCUACCCGACGACUGGUACAUGAAAUUGGUACUAGUAGCCUGAGAGACGACCGCAUGGCUGUACUCAAGCGGGCCAAGAGCUUUCUAGAUCACAAUGACGCAGCUGCGCACAACGAUGAGAUUGCUGCAGGCAUUGACGUGGCAUUGGUGAAGCAGUUGGUCCUCUUGGUUCUCAAAGUCUCCCGGUGUCGUGCCACCACUCAGUUGUUGGUGCCCGUGGAAGAUGAGGAUAUCCAAUCACUCGUCGAGGAAGUGUGCACGGCGUUGGAGGUUUUGGAGAUGGUGUAUCGCGCCGGUGACGAAGCAAUUGGGGCGUCUUUUCUAAAGAUUGGCCCUGAUCUAUUGCAUGUCUUGGUGACUGUCAUUGAUGAUGAACUGAACAGCCGCAGAGUUUCAGCUGACCAGUACAAGGCAGAUCAUCAAACCAGCUCCGCUGGAGACGACAAGAACGUCUUCAGACCCAUCGAUGAGAAUCAGAGCAAGGACGAGAAGGGUGAGGACCACACAACCAAGGAAAAUCGAGACAAUGGCCAAAACGUCAAUACUGGCACUACCACUCCAACGCAAAGUCAUGAAACACCUCUCUAUCUCAAGGAGGGCACCCCCGAAGGCAAUUUUCUCAUUCUCAAGGCCACCAAGGUCAUGGGACAUCUUGCACGGGUCGGCAAGGCUACCAAGCCCAUGGCGUUCUUCCCAGGACUCGUCCGUGGUAUGCUGAACCUGAUCAACUACCAACCCCACGAAUCCGUCCCCUGGGAGGCGCGUCUGUCGGCCUUGUGGAUCUUGGGCAACUUGGCAUGCAAUCCGGAGAGCAUGCAGAUGAUGAUGUGCACUCCUAGUUUGGUCCGAUCCCUCGUUCGUGUUGGGUGCCGCGCCCUACACCCUGAUGAUCCCAUGGAAGUCACCAUGGAGGUCCUUCGCUCUCGUGCCCUCUCCUCGAGGGCCCUUCUUAACCUAUCCUGGAAGCCAGAGAAUAAGAUACCUCUCGCAGACAACCUAGCAUUGGUCGAGCUGCUGACCCAACUGGCUGUCCAUCGCAAGGCACCGGCUCUCAAUAGCAGCAAGACAGUCAAAGGGAUCCUCACACAGACGAGGUGCCACGCCGUUGGAGCCUUGCGAAACCUGGCAGCCGCGCCACGUCGAACCAAAAUCCAACUCUGCGAAUACCGCAAUGGCCAUGUGCUCGAUGCCUUGACGGACGUGGCAUUGAAUGACCCUGACCCCAGCAUUCAGACUCGUGCCUUUGCUGCCAUCAACAACCUCGCAGUCCAUGACACGGCCACGAAAAUGGUCGAACGUCCGGCUCUGGUUUUGGCAUUGAAGGAUGUCCUUCUUGAAGACGACAGCACCAGCAUUGGAAAAGAAGGAUCGCCUCGUUCUCACGCUUCUGCCACUUUGCUGGUGCUUGAGAGAAGCAUCACUCCGGAAAUGAAUGCUUAUCAGAAUCUUCGCGACCUAUUGGAUGCGGUCAAUCCCACCGUGGCAAGCGACAACGAAGAUGACUCGAGCGAACAUGUCACGGCUAUCGAAGUAUGA